CCAGUGAGCACUACAGACAUGCCAUGGUUCAUACUGCCACCAUAGGAGCACCACACCACUACCCAUCUUAAACAAGCCUCAUCAGUUUCCAUGUGUUGUGAUUCCACAGCACCAUCUAGUGCCUGCAAAAAUAAACCAUGUGUUAUUUUAGAUUCACUAAAAUAUGAGAUGGAUCAAAUUAGUGGGACCUUUUUAUAUAUAUAUAUUUAUUUUAUUUUUUUAAACAAGCGGGCAAAUUCACACAAUUGAGCAGGGCUGUUUCUUUUGUCACGUUUAUUCUCGUAAGCAGAAAGCCUUUAUAAUAACUAUUCUAUUUUGAAGCAAUGCGUUUUAUACAACAACAUCCUGUGUUUCUUCAUUUCCUUUGUUGCACCAAGCACCUAAACAUGACCUCCGGGGGUCGAUGUCACUGCAUUUAAUGUUUGACACUUUCUUCUGUUGGUGUGGUCAUAUGAGGUUAUUUUACAUGUGACAUAUUCCAAUUAACACCACAGAGUCUUAGUCUAAACAGCCAUCUAUGUGUUUUUAAGAGAGUGGGGGACUGGAAUAGAAACCAAACCAUCUGUCAUGUUUCUUGUACCACUGCAGCUGUAAAACUGUAAGAGUGAAACAAGGCCGGAGGGACAUUUCUAUGUAACGCUCUCACAAACACCGGUCCUAAUGUUAAGUAACCCGAUUAUAUGUCUUGCCACAUGUCCAAAACACGUUUAUGUAAUUCCACUUGCAAAAAAAAGAAAUGCAGCACUUGUGACACUGGAAGUUGAAACACAUGAGAAGUGUGGCAGGAAAUGUGGUGCUCGGCACUCAUGUGUCAACAUCGUUCCAUGUCAUGAGCUGGGAAUUUCCUCUCAAUCAGACAAGUCACAUGUGGUUCAUGGUAUUUAAAAGAACUCACCUACCAUUUCGCAAAAUGUGGGGCAGUAUUAUGCAUAUCACUUCUAUAUGAAUGUCCUAAACAUACGAACACAGGCAUCACACGAACAAGAUGUGAGAACCAGGCUGUUUCUGAUUUACUGCAUUUCUUGAACAUAUUGACAGUCAACAGUGUUUAUUUUGACUUCAUAAAACAGUUUCUCUUUUGAUUUUGCGUUCAGUGUGACAGCACAUCUCAUGACACCGGUGAUUCACAUUAUAUGGCUUGUCACCAAACAGUGACUAUUGAAAAAAGAAUUUGUCUGACUGAUGUAUUAACAAACAGAAAUUAGAAGUAGAAAAAUAAUUGUUGGGAGUUGAAAUAAUGAAAUCUUAAUCCCAAUAACAGCUUGAGAAGUAAGUGCAUGCAGUAUCCACUAUAUAGACCCAAGUGUACACUUGUCUGGCAAUACGGUUGCAGCCCAAUACGAGUACCGAGUACUGUGUGACAAAUUAAUUUUAAAGAAAUAAUUAAAAAAAAAAAAAAAAAAAAAGACCUUAAAACACAACCUCCACCUAUACUUUAAAGAUGAGAUACUUCCUGUGAUGUAUGUGUUUACAUUCUUGAGCAAAUCAGAAUGUGCGUAAGUGAGGCUGAUGGGAGGGGUGUGGACACACACACACACACACACAGUGUUUGUUCCCUGUCUCCUUGUGACAGACUGUGUGCCUCCAUCAGAGAAGACGCCACAAUGACUGAUCCAAACCCGUCUGCUUAUAUUUUAGACUUCGGCCUAAUUUAUGAUGAACUCAAUUUCACCUACAACGACACGGACUUCAUCGUAAACCCGGAGACGCAGCCCUGCAACCACUUCUCCAUCCCGGACGCGGUGGCGAUGUUAGUCAGCGUCUUCUACGUGCUCAUCUUCCUGCUGGCCAUACCGGGGAACCUGGUCGUGGGCCUGGUGAUCGGCCUGAGCAGGCAGCCGCUGCCCCCCUCCGACCUCUACUUGCUCCACCUGGCGGUCGCUGACCUCAUGCUGGCCGUCUCGCUGCCGUUCUGGGCCACCUCCGUCACCAAGGGCUGGGUGUUCGGGGACGCCAUGUGCAAAAUCGUCACCAUUCUCCAGGAGCUGAGCUUCUACUCGAGCAUCCUCUUCCUCACGUGCAUCAGCAUGGACCGCUACAUGGUGAUCGUGAGAGCGAUGGAGGCGCGCAGGGCCAACAGGCAGCGCAUCAGCUGGGCGGUCUGCGCGGCCGUGUGGGCCGUGGGCGCGCUCCUGUCUCUGCCGGGGCUUUUAAACUCCGCGCAUCUAUCCGAAACCUCGCAGCAGACGGUGUGCGGGCAACAGUACGACCCCGGCAGCGCCGACGAGUGGCGGCUGGCCACCAGGAUCCUCCGCCACACGCUGGGGUUCCUCGUCCCGCUGGCCGUCAUGCUGCCCUGCUACGGGGUCACCGUGCGGCGCCUCCUCCGCAUCCGCGGCGGCUUCCAGCGGCAGCGGGCCAUGAGGGUGAUCGUGUUCGUGGUCGUCGCCUUCCUGCUCUGCUGGACGCCGUACCAUUUGGCGGUGAUGGCGGACACGUUCUUCAGGGCGAAGAUCGUGCCGUACCGGUGCCCGGCAAGGAUGGCGGUGACCCAGGCCAUGUUCGGCACCCAGAUUCUGGGCCUGCUGCACAGCUGCGUCAACCCGGUGGUGUACGCCUUCGUGGGGGAGAAGUUCAGGAGGAGGCUGGCGCAGCUCGCGAGGAAGAUCGGCCUCCUGGAGAGAACGUCCGUGGCGCGGAGCAGCAGGUCCUCUGUGUCGUCGGAAAUCACGUCCACGUUCAUGUGAGGGCAGCGAGGAGACACUUUGAACUAUUCAUUCACGUUGAUGGACAACAAAGUACUGCUGUUGAUACUUGUGUGCAGCUCAUAUUUGGUGGAUUUUUCAAAACUCAAUAAUCGAGAGAAAACAGUUAAAAACUUUUGCCUACAGCUGCCUUAAAGAUUUCUUUAUUUUUGUAAAUAUAUAUUUUCAGGCUUUGCCAUAUUUCAUCAUUUAACUCGGUCAAGUUGUACAGAGCUUUGCACUAUUUUAUCUCCUAAAUUCCCAUUUGUACUCUUUUUAUACAUAUUUAAAUGACCAUUGUUGCCAGGAGAUCUCAGAUUUCCAUUGCCAAAGACUGCUUCUCUGUGAUUGUUGUUUGUGCAUAUGACAAUAAAUAUCUUGAAAUUUGGUUCCGAACCCUGUGUAUACCAGGGUGAUGUUUAAAGUCAGGCUGUAAACAUUACAUGACAAAAAGUUGCGGUUACCCACAUAAAUCCUCUCCCUCAUGUUCCCUUCUUUUUCAAGUUUCAAUUUCAAAUGUGACCAUUUCGACACAUUAUUACUGCGUCACAACACAAAGACCAAACAUCCCCCGAUUAACACCUUGAGGUGCAGCUGGAAAAAAGCUGAGAAAAGUAGAAUUAGACCUCGAGACACCUCAGGAAAUAUUUGACCAAUGUCAGUUUAGUAGGAAUGUGAAAUAUCAAAAUGUAUUUUCUAUGAUUUAAAUUUCCAAACCAACAUCACUGUCCUUUAAAAACUGAGGAUCUAGCUUCCAACCCAAAGUGUAUACUGCAGCAAGUGUGGCAGAAACAAAAUGUUCCUUAACAAUAUUAUGACUCCACUUGUUAACAGCAAUAUAUCACUUUUUUUUAAAGUGAAUCUGUUUAAGUUUUAUGCAUAUUUAGCUGAUGGCAGCAGGUUGUCAUUCACAUGCCACACAAUUUGCAAUCUGUAUCGUCGCCAUUAAAGUUGUAUAAACACGUUCACCCCUCUCUGAUUCUGAUAAUAACAUCAUUGAGUCACCUCAUAUGCCACAAA